GGGCUCCAUCAGAACUGGUAUUGAAUUGAUUGUUGAUGGUGUAUCUGUCGGGUUUCUGAUUUCUUACCGUAUCAAGUCAAUACCAUAUUGUGAUUCCCUCCGACAUGAAUCUGACUCUUGGCUAUCAGAUAUUUGUUUACAUAUACUCCGUAUAUAUCGUAUAUGUAUCAAAUGACAACGAUACAGGGAUCCGGAUUCUGUCCAUGACACACCCCAUCAGUGAUCUCCAGGGGUUCAGCGUUCACAUAGCCUGUCAGUCCUGCUGAAACUCC